AUGCUGGUUCGAUUCUCGCAACUGGUGACGUGGUCUCAAACCCCUAUGGUCACAGCAUUGCAGCAGCGAAAGGAUAACGGGGGCUCCAACUGCGGCGUGGACCAAGUUCUGCGAGCAGCACCGUCGACGCUGCCGACGGUGUGGGGUGCGCUCGGGGGUCGACCUGCGACACUCGUGGCGUGCUCGGCCGACGAAAACCCCACUUUCGGAACGUACCUGAAGUUUGCUCUGGCAGGUGCAAUAUGCUGCAGUGUUACCCAUUCGGCUGUGGUUCCGGUCGACGUGGUCAAGACGCGGCUGCAGCUGUCGGACAAGUACCACGGUAUGACACACGCCGCACGCACGAUCGUCAAGGAGGAGGGCGCACUGGCACUGCUAACCGGACUGAGCCCGACUGCCGUUGGCUACUUCUUGCAAGGAUGGUUCAAGUUUGGGCUUUACGAGUACUUCAAGCGGCUAUAUUCGAGUCUGGCUGGUCCCGAGGCAGCGGAGAAAGGCCGCUUCGGUAUCUGGCUAGCAGCGGGCGGUACGGCGGAGUUUUUCGCAGACCUGGCGCUUUGCCCGCUGGAGGCCACGCGUAUCCGUCUGGUGAGCCAACCGACUUUUGCGAGCUCUUUACCGGAGGCGUUCGGAAAGCUCAUCUCCAAUGAAGGGCUGCGUGGUCUCUACGCCGGACUCUUCCCGAUCCUCCUGAAACAGAUUCCCUACACAAUGGCCAAAUUUGCUGUUUUUGAAGCAGCAUCCGAGUUCAUCUACCGCACGCUAGAGCGCAUGGGGAAACCAAAAGCCGACAUGCGGGAUAGCACCAAGCUCUUGAUUUCACUCAAUUCCGGUAUCUUUGCAGGUAUCUGUGCAGCUGUGGUCUCGCAACCCGCGGACACGGUGUUGUCGGUCAUCAACAAGUCCCGCGUAACGGGUAGCAUCGCUGAAGCAACGUUCCGGAUUAUUCGUGAGCUAGGUCCGCGUGGACUUUUCCGUGGACUGGGUGCUCGCGCAAUCAUGGUUGGUAGUCUGACUGCCGGGCAAUUCUUUAUUUACGACGGGUUGAAACAGCUGCUCGGCGUGGCGCCUGUUCACAAGAAAGAAGUUGCUCCACUGGUGGGCUCGGCAGCGCAACCCGCAUCGGUGGCAGCACGUGCUCAACAGUCGCAGUGA